AGUUAAAGAGAAAAAACAAAACAAACAGUGCUGGGAAGACGUCAGGAUCUGGACAAUCUGCAUUCUCAGUUGCCUCUCCUCUCCGCUGCGUAUCGCCACGGUGACAGGAGGGUCAUUUCUUCACACAAGUCGUUUGUCCUCACGGAUCUGGACAUCACAGCUAACAAGAAUGAGGAGCAUCGUUAUCCUGGCUGUGUUACUGGGAGUCGGAGGGAGCGCGGGACAGAACUCAGCAGUCACAGCGAAGCCUGAUGGUGUGAUGGCAGUACGUCAGCUGAACCCCAACUAUUAUGAAGCUCGGAGGGCUGCCCAUGUGGUGCAACUCUACCUGAACACCCGCUACGGAUCCCCCUACAAGCUGUUCAGUCUGCAGACUGUCCACAGCGCGAGUGUAGAGGAGGUCGGAGACUCUGGAAGAAGAUACCAGCUGGCAUUAACAGUGCAAGAGAUCAUCACUGACAAGACAGAGGAAUGCUCUGCACAGGUUUUCUUUCCGAGGGGACAAAAGCAGCAAUCGCCCCAAGUCCAGGUGUCCUCGCUGAAGGAGCUCCUCAAGAUCGACACUAAAGCUGAAGAAGAGGCCCUCUACCAGCAGUACAAGACGAAGGAACCCCUGCUGUCUGUGCAAUAUUUACCUGAUAGCCAGGGUAACAUGGAUCCUGCCAUGAAACCUUUCUGGCACCUUUGCACUGUGGCCUCCAGCUUCAUCAUGCUGAGUGAAUCCACAGAAAACACCCUGUACAACAUGGCUCAGGUGGGCCGCAUCACGCAGCUGCCGACUGAGAACGAGCAGCUGAAGUUUGACAGCCUCAUCCUGCUGCAUGAAAUGAUUUCUCAGGAAAUCCCUCGAUGGAAGCUGCUGUUCACCUGGAGUCCUGCAGAGGGCGUUAAAGUGCUGCAGAUGGAGCAGCAGCCUCGCUGCCCCCAUUGUUAAAACCAACCCAACCCAAACUAAUGUGCUGCUAAUUAAGAACCGCCUUCACGACUUAUUGUUAAAUAUUGCAUCAGAGACAAGUUCAGGGUGACACUGAACAGUCUCACAACCUGAGCUGUUCAAAAGAUCAAAGCUUGGUUUAUAUUCAACACAAUAAACAGAAAAAC